AUGUCAACCAUUGCCUCCCCACGAGACCGACCGGGCCCCUUCCCACGGCGCACCAACUCCUCCAUCACGCCAACCUCCUCCUCGCGCCCAAGCCUCGACGCCCCAGCUUCCACCUCAAGCUCCCCCAAUCCCAACAACCCCUCCUCCACCACCAGCUACAGCCACCACCACCACCACCAACACCCAGCCCAAACGCAACAACCGCGCCGCCCUCCGCGAGUACUACAACCUCCGCAACAACCCCAACAACAACAACAACAAUAA